AUGUCAGUCAUUGAUGAUAGAAACACAGCGGUUCCUAUGAGCAGAUCCUUAUCGAGAAGAUCGCCAAGUAUCUUGGUAACAGAUGCACGUUCUAACAAGAAUCGUCCGUCUGCACCCUUUGCGGGCCAUGCUGCCGGUAUGAGGAACGUAAGUUCAGUGCCAAGAUCUGCGGCUAGCUCAGGCGGGAAAACAGACUCUAAAGGAAGUAGAGUACGAAGAAGAGGAUACGAUAUGCAUGGAGACAAGAAAUCCAUUAGUAGUCGCUUCAGCGAUGUGUCUAUGGAUAACCUUUUAUUGGAUGUCAGUGAUGUUCCGUCAGGUAGACGUCAGGAACGUUUAUCUACAUCCUCAUAUGACAUGUUUCCUCGAAAUAGGCAAAGAGGAACUCAUAUCACCAAAAUGAUCAAUCCUUUACCGACAAGAACUUCUAAGACGUCUCAGAAACUUGUGUUGAUUCCGGAUGAAGCCCAUGACAGUAGAAAUAUAAACCAGUUUAGAAAGCGUGCAAAUAAAACUCAGAGAGCGAAAUCAAGUUCUAAGACCAAAAUGGAUAAAGAAGUUGAUCUACCGAGAAUAACAGCAUACAAUGUUGCUGAGGGAUUCAACCUAUCUUUAACCUCAACCUUCAUGAAGCAGACCCAUGAUGUACUACCAAGGUUAUACGACGAAUGUUUAUACGUACCGUAUACUCUUCCCUUAUUGCCUGGCAAGGAUGGUUUCAGAAUUAAAUCAAACAUAUCAAAAAAGACCCAAGGAGGUAAGUCAAUCAUUGACUAUUUAAUAGAUACCAGCGAGAGAAGAGAUCAUCAUUAUGAAUAUUUUUCGGGAGUCGAAACGCUUGAAGAUGUUAACAAUAACUACGAGUUAGACGAAGGGGGAGUAACAAAUAAUUUAAAUGCCGAGAAUACACCAGAUCAUCUACCGAAUCCGCCAGUCAAUACUUCUGUGUCCUUCGACCCAAGUGAGCCACAAUAUUUUGCUGAGGAGAAUAAUGCAGAAGCGGAACUGGAGGCUUUCAAUGAGAUUAAUGGUAAAACUUCAUUAUUUCAACAGCAACAUGCGGAAAUCUUCAUAUUCAGUUAUGGUGUAGUUGUGUUCUGGAAUUUCACUGAAAUUCAAGAAAAAAACAUCCUAGGUGACAUCUCGUUUUCAUCUUAUAAGAACAUGGUGCUGAAACCUUUAGAUGAACAAGAUAUCGAGAUUGAAAGCUUCCAUUUCGAAUAUGACAUGGAUACGGAAAGACCUCGUAUUUUUAAUGACAUAGUGACUUUGAGGUCCGGAGACCACUUAACAGCCUUAACAUUGUCCCAUGCCAUAGCUCAAUCGGUCAAACUAUCGAGAUUUGAAGCGCGCAUAGUUCCGAUCUUCGGGUCAGUCUCUAAAUUGCCUAAAAGACUUGCUUUGUAUGGUACCUUGGGGUUGAAAAGGGAACAAUUAUUGAAGAAAUCAGGUAAGCUAUUCAAGUUACGCGUCGAUGUUAACCUAUCAUCCAGUGUACUUGACACCCCAGAGUUUUUCUGGUCCUUUGAACCAAGUUUGCACUCUUUGUAUCAAGCAAUGAGAGAAUAUUUAGAAAUUGAUCCUCGUGUUCAAGUUUUAAACGAUCGUUGUAAAGUAUUUUUAGAGUUUUUCGAUAUAUGUGUCGAUUCAAUUGCUGAACGGAAUAUGGCCCGUAUCACCUGGUGGUUUAUUACAAUCAUAUUCAUCAGCGUUUUGAUUUCCAUUGUGGAAAUUUUGGUACGCUAUUUCAUUAUUAAGAAACACACUGGUACAUAA